ACUGUCGAGGCGUAGAUCCUGGCUGGAGUGCGUUCACGUCGGGGGACCAGACCGUCCAUUACAAUAGAGCGUGCUCCGGCUACGUGCGGUUAGAUAUUAAAACUGUAUGAUAUUAUUAUUGUGUCCGUGGAUCAGACAUCCAGUGUUUAGAUUUUCUACGAAAUAAAAAAAUCACAGCUCGCCGUAAGAGAGUAGGAGAAAAAAAUUGCAUUAAAUCUUGCUAUACUGUGGUAAGAAAGAAAUUCGUUAAUUAUUUAAUUAAUAACAACACUGUUACUAUAUAAGUAUUGUGUGCGUGUGCCAAUCAAACGCUCCAAUAUACCCGUUAGAUACAUAAUAUUAUACAACAUAUAGGUAGUAAAUAAUAAUAAAGGAUACACCUGCAGCACUACUUUGCAGAGCUAUUUCAACAACAAUAUUACCUUUAAAUGUUCACGUUUUCUACGAAUUUAUGCAAUAUACAUAUAAGAGGUGCACGGACGUACGACGCAAUAACGUAUACUAUGACACAUUUUGUCAUUUUCUGAAAAGCUACCAUACAUGAAAAAAGCCAAACCAAAUCUAUUAAAACUUAAGCCAUAUCGAUCAACAUUGCAGUUUAUCGAUUCCACAUAGAUACCCAAGUGCAAUAAUAAUAAUUUCAUUAUUGUGGUAAUAUAUCAUAAUAUUUCAUUUAAAGAUUUGUCUUUUUUAUAUUACAUAAAACGUCAUACUUAUACAGAAUAAUAGGGAGUAUUCAAUUUUACAAAAUGUUAAAUUAUUAAUUGUUGAGUACCUAUAUUUAACAAGCAGAACCAAUCAACGCAAUAUGCUGAUCAAAUAAAAAAUGUUCUUGGCAGAUAUUUAAUUACUCCUAAUGCUACAAGGUGGAAUUCAUUUUAUGACGCUAUUAAAUGCAUUGUCAGUAAUUUGAAUAAAAUAGAUGAAGUAUUUUCUAUAACGUCAUUGCCACCAUUUUCUAGACCACGUGAAACUUUAUUUCUAAUUGAGUAUUGCAAGGUUAUGCAGCCAAUCGCAAAAAGCUUAGACAUAUUACAAGGGGACAAACAUGUGUGUCUUGGAUAUUUACUUCCUACAUUAACUGCGAUUAAUAAAUCAUUAAAAAGUUUGUCAAGUUUAAACUACUGUACGCCAUUGGUAAAUGCUUUGCAAAAAGGAAUAGAAAAAAGGUUUCAAAGAUACAUGAGUUCUAGCACAUGUCAGAUAUCAUCUGCUUUAAUUCCUAAAUUUAAGUUGAACUGGGCCAGCUCAGAAGAAAAAAUAAGUAUUAAAGAAAAGUUGGUUGAAACUUUAAAAACUUGUGCUGAGGAUGCAGGCAGUACAUAUACUUCUUCACAACCUUUGGUUCAAAAUGAUUUGUCACAUCAAAAUGUGACAGAGGAUGAUGAUUUUUUGCUUUUUGAAGAUGAGUUGCAAGAAUCCCAAAAUAAUUAUGAUUUACAAAAAAUAGUUUCUGAUUAUUUAUUGAACCAUAACAUAAAAUCUCCAGAAGAUUUGCCAAUAACAUUGAAAGAAGCCUAUAUUGAGUACAAUACUGCAGUACCAUCGUCAGCUCAUGUUGAACGUUUGUUUAGUGCAGGAGGACAGGUUUUUAGCAGAAGAAGGGGUUCCAUGUCUGAUACCAAUUUUGAAAUGGCUUUAUUGUUAAAGUUUAACAAAUAUUUUAUUCAAGAAUAAAUAAAAUAUAAAUUAUAAAUAUUAUAAU